UGGUACACAGCGGGACACACACAGCUGUCCUGUCUCUUCUAGAUUAUUAGCCCUACCAGCGUUGGCAAGAGGGCACUGGGGUUCGAGAGGGUCUGCAGGCUGUCUUGGCCCCCGGUUCAGUUCUAUUCUCACUUUAAGCAUUUAAUGUUCAUCACCUUCCAAGGACCCUGUAAGCCACUUUAAUCUUGAGAAGACAUCAAUAAGGGACAAAGGGGACGCGUAAGGUCCUGGAAGUCAGACCCCGAGAGCUGACAGAGGCAGGGCUUGAAGUCAGACUGAAAACAUGUGGGAAUAUGAUCGUUAGAUCUUGCAAUGGAAGACACCACAUCCAGUCGGUGAGCCAGAGAUUGAAGAAGGAUCGGAACGACAAGGAAGAGCAAAGGGAAAUCGAAGACGUAGCAUGGAGUUGGAGCGGAUCGUCGGCUCAGCCCUCCUUGCCUUCGUUCGGGCACAGCUCCCAGAGGCAGACCUCAGUGGCUUGGAUGAGGUCAUCUUCUCCUACGUGCUUGGGGUUCUGGAGGACCUGGGCCCCUCGGGGCCGUCAGAGGAGAACUUUGAUAUGGAGGCCUUCAUUGAGAUGAUGGAGGCUUAUGUGCCUGGCUUUGCCCACAUCCCCAGGGGUAUAAUAGGAGACAUGAUGCGGAAGCUCUCGGUGCAGCUGAGCGAGGCUAGGAACAAAGAGAACCUGCACCCACAGAGCUCCUGUGUCCAAGGUCAGGUGCCAAUUUUUCCAGAGACCCUGAGGCAACCUGAAAAGCUCAAAGAAGAGAGCAGGCCUCCUGCUGCUACUGGGAACACCCCAGAUGAGGCAGCUGCUGCUGAGGACGAGCUGCCGGGAGUCGAUGUGCUCUUGGAGGUCUUCCCUACCUGUUCUAUGGAGCAGGCCCAGUGGGUGCUGGCCAAAGCUCGGGGGGACUUGGAAGAAGCUGUGCAGAUGCUGGUGGAAGGCAAAGAAGAGGGGCCUCCAGGCUGGGACGGCCCAAACCAGGACUUGCCCAGGCGCCUCAGAGGCCCCCAGAAGGAUGACUUGAAGUCUUUCAUCCUUCAGAAGUACAUGAUGGUGGACAGGGCAGAGGACCAGAAGACUCACCGACCUAUGGCUCCCAAGGAGGCCCCCAAGAAGCUGAUCCGAUACAUUGACAACCAGGUAGUGAGCACCAAAGGAGAACGAUUCAAAGAUGUCCGGAACCCUGAGGCUGAGGAGAUGAAGGCCACGUACAUCAACCUCAAGCCGGCCAGAAAGUACCGCUUCCACUGAGGCAGUGCUGGACUCUGCCAGGCAUUGCAGAUCCCAGAGGGAUGCAGACACCCUCCCAUCCUCCCUGUCCCUUCUCCAUGCCCUUGCUCUAGUGUUCUAUUCUUGGAGCUUCCUUCAAGAGCACAGUAAAGGUGGUCCAAGGAA